CUUUAUACUGGAACAGGAGUGUGUGUGUAUAUUUAUGCAUAUACUUUUGUUGGGUAGGAAAUAGAAAACAUAUCCCAUCAUUAUAUAUAUAUAUGUGUGUGUGUGUGUGUGUGUGUGAUAUAUCAGUAGAUAGAGAGACAGACAGCCAGUGCUGCUCUCUUUCUCUGUCUCACUACGCAACUGGUUAAUUUUCUGUGGAAUUUGAAGAUGGUGAGGAAAUGCUCGCACUGUGGGAAGAUAGGGCACAAUACAAGGACUUGCAGGAGCCCCUAUAAUAAUGAUAGAGGAGACUACUCAGUUAUUAGAUCAUCACUUGCCGCUGCCGUUGCUGGUGGCUGUGGCGGCGGCGGAGGAGGAUUGAAGCUCUUUGGUGUCAAACUAAUUGAUCAUCACGCAAUAUCAUCAACCUCUUCUUGUUCUGAAAGUACUUCAUCAUCGUCAUCAUCGUCUUCUGCAGCUGCCAUGAAAAAGAGCUUCAGCAUGGAUUGCUUUUCUUCAUCUUCCGCCUCCUCCUGCUGGCUUUGCUCCGAUGGAAAUAUUAUUACUUAUUCUGACGGGAACAGGAUCCCCCAUGGCUAUCUCUCUGAUGGACUCGCUCGCAGAACUCGUCAGCCCAGGAAGAAAGGGGUGGCAUGGACGGAAGAGGAGCACAGGGUGUUCUUAGAAGGGCUGGAGAAGCUGGGGAAAGGCGACUGGAGAGGCAUAUCCCGCAACUUUGUCACCACCAGAACGCCCACGCAAGUGGCCAGCCAUGCCCAAAAGUAUUUUCUCCGCCAACAAAGACAAUCCUCUCUUAACACUAUGAAGAAACAACGCCGCCCCAGCCUCUUUGACCUGGUGGGACGCCAAAUAGCAGGCAUGAGUGAUUCCCAGCCCAUUGCUUCCAUUAUCAAUCCAACAAAAUCCGAAGCAGAAAGUUCAUCGUUACCGGAUCUAGAACUCAAGCUUGCAGCUCCUGCUCGGGCCUCCAGCCUUCUAUUUGGACCCAUUAGUGUGCUCUAGAAGCUAGAGAAUUUUUCUAAACCAUGCAUCCUUUCAAAGAUAAACCAAACCGGCUGGCUUUAUGGUUAUGGGCAUUUCUAUUCACACUAUAUAGCGAAAGACGUUCAUCUUUUAAUCCCCAUGUCAUCUAAGUGUCAGGAAAUUGUUGUGUUUGCAUAUGUAUCACGCUUGUGUUAUAUAUCUACUCAAUCUUCUUUAA